CUGAGCACAUCACCUGCACCUUGUCAGCCUCUAGCGCCAUGCUCGCCUAGAAGCGCUCCCCGCUCUCUGUCGGCAUACCUUCCAUUUUUUUUUUGGAAAACUGAGCUUGCUGUCGUGUGAUAUUUUUUUUUUCUUCCUGGGAGUUUUGGGCAGUUUGCUGCUGAGCCGUGGACAUCCUGUCUUGACCAUCACAUCUGGACGUGCUGAUCUCUGCUUAAAGAGUCCCGCCCGUGACCCCGAUAGGCGGCUUAACCCCCCCACCACCACCCCACCCUCUAUCUGGGUCAGAACCAAGCCCACAGCGGCGGAGUCCCGACCGGGGCCCGAUGUGGAAUUUCACCCUCGACCCCGUCCUUCCACCAGCCGUCCACUGAAGCCCGACUGUGGGGGAUAAGAAGCCUAACAGAGGAGGACAACAUCAGCACAGACGCGCCGCCAUCAUGCCAGUGGAGACCCUGCGGCCCUCAGACGGCCGCCUGCCCGGGGCCCCCUUUGCCUCGGCCAUGCCGUUCCGGUUGCUGACCAAGGGUCCCGACUACUUCCGUCGCCAGGCGGAGCCGUCCACCCGCAAGCUGAGCGCCGUGGAGCGCCUGGAGGCGGACAAGGCCAAGUACGUGAAAAGCCAGCAGGUGGCGCUCACGCGCCAGGCGCCCGUCAAGCCGCCGAUCAUCCGGAAGCCCCUGGUCCCGCCGGCCAGGAUGCUCCAGUUCCACAUGGGCACGCCCCCGGCCCGGAAGAGUCCCCGGUGCCCGGCCAGCGGGGACGGUGGCGGAAUGAGGGAAGGGCGAGGGAGAAGAGGACCGCCUCUCAACUUGGAUAUUUUGAACAACCUGAUCAAUGACGUGUGCGACGCCCCCCAGCCUUCCUCCCAGUCGUCCUCGUCCACCUCCCCGUCGUCCUCGUCCCCGUCGUCCUCGUCCCCGUCGUCUGGGGCCAAGAGCAUCGGCAGCAGCCUGUUGGCGGAGCAGGAGAGGAGCAACCGCCUCCUCAACAACCUCAAACCGCUGAACACCGCCAGCUCUUCGCCCGCCUCCUCCUGUACCUCCUCCCAUGUCGCCAACAGCCUGCGGACCCCCGUAGCCGACCCCAGCCACCGCCCUCCCCCUGUCCCCAUACGGGCGCCUCGCAUCCUUGUCCCGUCCGCCUACGUCUCCCCAAACGCGGUCACGGUGCGCAGGGUGGAUGUUCGGCCCCACGCGGAUUUUAGAAAGCCCCAGAGGCCUCCGCUCAGACCGCGACAGAGCCCCCAGGGUCAAGUGUCACACCCCCAGGUGCCACCUCUCCCAGGCCCCCAGAACCCAUCCCCGCCUAAAACCGGCACACAAACCAUGGCCGCCUCUCCCUAUCUGCCCCCCAGCCCCAUGUUGCUGCGCGCAGGCAUGAUCCCGCCCGCCUCGCCCGCCUUCACUCGCCUGUCCAACGCCAGCUCCAGGGGCUCGGCCCGGAAGCACCCCUCCUUGCACCGCUCCAAGUCGGACCUGAGCGACCGCUACUCGCGCGCCACGGCCGACCUGGAGCGCUUCUUCAACUACUGCGGGCUGGACCCCGACGAGGUGGAGGGCAUGGGCGGGGUGGAGCGCUUCACCCGGGCCAACUCGGACAUCGUGUCCAUCUGCAAGCUGCGGAGCAUCAGCACGCCCAGCUCGGACUGCGGGGAGGAGGCGGAGCCGGGCAGGGACGACUACGGCCGGGACGAGGACGCCGCCGCCAGAGAGCGAGUCCCGUACGGCAUCUCGGUCAUCGAGAGGAACGCCCGCGUCAUCAAGUGGCUCUACGGGAUCCGGCAAGCGCGGGACGCUAACGGCGCCGCUUCAAACGUGUAGGACAGAAAAGUGACUGAAAGUACGGACGCCAUUUUGGAUUUGAUGUAGAAGGGAAGACUUUUCCUCUUUUGUGGCCUUUUCUUCUCCUGAAGACUUUUACUCUCAGUACUCAAGUCUGAAAUCUACUUGGACUUCCUCAAUUGGACUUUCUACUAAAACCAAGGAAAUGUUACUUUUUUACCUGGUAUUACUUUGUAUUUACUUUGUAUUUACUUUGUAUUUACUUUGUAUUUACUUGGUAUUUUACUUGGUAGUUACCUUGUUUUUACCUGGUAUUUACUUGGUAGUUAUUUUGUAGUUACUCAGUAGUUACUUGGUAGUUACUUUGUAGCUACUUGGUAGUUACUUUGUUUUACUUGGUAUUUACUUUGUAGUUACUUUGUUUUUACUCAGUAUUUACUUUGUAGUUACUUUGUUUUUACUCAGUAUUUACUUGGUGGUUACCUUGUUUUUACUUUAUCUACUAGGUAUUUACUUUGUUUUUACUAGGUAUUUACUUUUUAGUUACCUGGUAUUUACUAUGUUUUUACUUUGUAGUUACUUUUUUGUUCUUAGUAUUUACUUGGUAGUUGUCUUGUUUUCACUUUGUGUUUACUUUGUAGCUACUUGGUUUUUACUUUGUUUCUACUAAGUAGUUACCUGGUAGUUACUUAGUUUUUACUUGGUAUUUACUAUGUUUUACUUAGUAGUACUUUGUUUUUACUCAGUAUUUACUUGGUAGUUACCUUGUUUUUACUUUGUAGCUACUUGGUAUUUACUUAGUUUUUACUUGGUAGUUACUUUGUUUUUACUAGGUAAUUACUUAGUUUUUACCUGGUAUUUACUAUGUUUUUACUUGGUCGUACUUUGUUUUUACUCAGUAUUUAAUUGGUAGUUACUUUGUUUUUACUAGGUAAUUACUUUGUUUUUACCUGGUUUUUACUUUGUAGUUACUUUUUUGUACUCAGUAUUUACUUGGCAGUUGCCUUGUUUUCACUUUGUGUUUACUUUGUAGCUACUUAGUAUUUACUUUGUUUUUACUAGGUAGUUACUUUGUUUUUACUUGGUAUUUACUAUGUUUUACUUGGUAGUACUUUGUUUUUACUCAGUAUUUACUUGGUAGUUACCUUGUUUUCACUUUGUGUUUACUUUGUAGCUACCUGGUUUUUACUUUGUUUCUACUAGGUAGUUACUUUGUUUUUACUUGGUAUUUACUAUGUUUUACUUUGUAGUACUUUGUUUUUACUCAGUAUUUACUUGGUAGUUAUCUUUUUUCACUUGGUGUUUACUUUGUAACUACUUGGUAUUUACUGUACUUUGUGUUUACUAGGAAGUUACAUAGUAGUUACUUUGUUUUUACUAGGUAGUUACUUUGUAUUUACUUUGGUUUUACAUGGUAUUUACUAUGUUUUACUUGGUAGUACUUUGUUUUUACUUGGUAUUUACUAUGUUUUUACUUGGUAGUACUUUGGGGCUACCUGGUUUUUACUUUGUUUCUACUAGGUAGUUACUUUGUUUUUACUCGGUAUUUACUAUGUUUUACUUGGUAGUACUUUGUUUUUACUCAGUAUUUACUUGGAAGUUACCUUUUUUUCACUUGGUGUUUACUUUGUAACUACUUGGUAUUUACUGUACUUUGUUUUUACUAGAUAGUUACAUAGUAGUUACUUUGUUUUUACCAGGUAGUUACUUUGUUUUUACCUGGUAUUUCCUACGUUUUUACCUGGUAUUUCCUACGUUUUUACUUGGUAGUACUUUGUUUUUGCUCAGUAUUUACCUGGUAGUUACCUUGUGUUUACUUUGUAAUUACUUGGUAAUUAUUUGGUAUUUACUUGGUAAUGACAUGGUAAUCACCUUAUAUUUACUUGGUAUUGACAUAGUAUUUAUUGAAUAAUGACUUGGUAAUGACUUUGUAUAUACUUUGUAUCUGUAAGCAAUAAUCCUGAAAGGUACUGUCUGAUGUUGAGGUGGCCUUCACACUGUCCUGGUUCUUUGCUCUGCUGGCACGCCGCCUUCACCCCAACCCAAGCGCACCAGACACAAGCGGACCCGGACCACUUGACAGAUGUGCUUGUGAGUCGGUCCACCUCAGCUCACUUGAAAACAUUACAGUGUUAAACAUGCAGACAUGACAAUUCUGUCGUAGGUGCUCUUUAAAGGUUUAUUUUACACGCUUUUGGUCAAAUUUCAGAUGGUAAAAUGAUCCGACUGAAAAAGUUUUACCCGAACCAGAAUACUGAACCACCAGUGUGAACGCAGCCUUACAGUGUGUGUGUGUGUGUGUGUGUGUGUGUGUGUGUGUGUGUGUGUGUGUGUGUGUGUGUGUGUGUGUGUGUGUGUGUGUGUGUGUGUGUGUGUGUGUGUGUGUGUGCGCGCAAAGAACCAGGUUGAUGCUGUGAAAAGUCAUAAAAAGUUUGCGUAAAAAGAUGUUUGUAUGUAAAAAAACAAAACAAAAAAACAUUUGGCUGCAAGACUGUUGAUGUUUUGUUGCUGGCAUGCGAGUAACGUCACACAAGCAUGCGUUUCACUUAGCUUAGCGUCAACAUUCUAGCACCGUGCACACCGCGUUUACCAUGCACGUCAUGUGACACAAGAUUAUUUUCACACUCACGGAAAAGACGUCUCAGGAAGAAGUACUUGCCAGACUAACUCGAACGGACCGAUAUUUAUUUGGAAAAAUCAUGUAAAUUAUUGUGUUUUUAACGUGCAAUCUGUUCCCAAUGGCCAAGGAUAGAAGUCAAGUCAAAUACUCUUUAGUUAGUAGUCCCCAGUACAUUUUGCUACGGUUGCUUAGACACAUGUUUGCCAGCGGACGGCCAAAGAGACUGAAGAUGCACAAAUGCUUUAAACAAUGAUGUGUUUGAAAGUACAGUAGAAUAAAAGAAGAAGAAAAAAAAACAAUUGCAUUGUCUGUGCUAAUUUUCAUUUCAUUGUCACAUCUGCUUUAGGAGGCUGCUGGGUUUUCCCACAAGUCCCGAAUUCCCCCAACGCCGACUUGAACCCACAAUUUGUUUUUCAAACUCAGCUUUGGACUUUUUUUUCCCAUGUGAAAACAUUCACAUGGUCCCAACGCGUGGAAUGUGCUUCUGCAGUCUUGGCAAAAGUCACACUGCAUUUCUAGCAUGUGACAUCAUCAUCAUCAUCAUCGUCAUGUGUGCCUUCAGAACACGUGAGCUGGACCGUCUUGUACGCAGGCCGCCGUCUUCUUUCUACACCGUUACAUUGUUGCCACCAACAUUUCAUUGUUUCUGUGUGGUUCUAGCACAGGGGUCACCAACCUUUUUGAAACCAAGAGCUACUUCUUGGGUACUGAUUAAUGCGAAGGGCUACCAGUUUGAUACACACUUAAAUAAAUUGCCAGAAAUAGCCAAUUUGCUCAAUUUACCUUUAACUCUAUGUUAUUAUUAAUAAUAUUUAUCUUUGUGGAAACACUGAUCAUCUUAAUGAUUUCUCACAAUAAAUAUAUAUAGAAACAGAUAAAUAUCAAUAUGCAAC